GUCUCAGGACCAAAACAAAUAUGGCGUCCCUUUUGUGCGAGGCGAGCGAGCUGGUGAUCCUAUGGCCUUGACCUUAUUUUCUAGCCAACAGGAAACUUAUCAUAGUGCAAGGAUAAAGACAGAGUGAUGCGUAGGACACGGUGGGAUGACAAAGGCGAGAGAGACGGGCCCAAGGACGAGUCAAGGAGAUGGAAUAACCGUUGCUCAGCACAGAUGGAUUGGAACAUGAACAGUGAAAAUGAGAGCCAUCAACCGCAGUCGUCAGCCAUGAGACACCGGGCGACACCCUCUCCCAUUGACUACAGGAGUGAGAGCAGACGUCAGCAUGAUAACCAGCAAAAUGGUAGCGUCCCCCAGAAUUCAACAGGUCCUCAUGGCCAGCAGCAGUCUCUGAUGGGGCCUCCUCAAACACACUUCCAGGGAACUUGGCCCUUGAUCUCCAACCACAACAUUUACCCUGAAGCCAACAGAAGUCACCAUGCCCCUCCUCACUUUCCACAGCAGCAGUCCUGGGGGCAUGCCCACCCAGGAUACUACCAGAGUGGAGGAGGGCAGUAUGCCUUCGACCUGAAGUGGUGGGCACAGCAAAAGCAGUCCAUGGACGCCUACCUCGGGGGUCCAAGCUGGGCUGAUGACAGCGAAAACACACGUCCAAAUCCUGACUGGCCGCAAUGGUCUUUUGGUACACGUGUCACGAAAAACUACUCCAAACGCCACAACAGUAGAUCGAGUAGUCACAAUGGACAAGGUGAGGGAAGUUAUGGUGUUCCAAGACAGGAUGCCAUGUUUGACCCUGCAGAUAGUCGAAGGCACCACUCCUCAACGUUCCACCAUCGACCCAGAAGCAGAGACAGCUCCCAUGACUCUAGGAGACGCUACAGACCAGACUCUAGGGAUUACAAGAAAAUCCCUCCUGCACAUCACCAGCUGCACAGGGAUGUAAGAGGCAGUGGUGAUGUUUUUCAUGGGAAAGGAAGGGAGAAUAAAGGAGGAAAGAAGAAAAAACAGAAACAGCAUCAAAAUAAGUUUGAGGGAUCAAGUUUCCAGGCAGUUGGUCAUGCCAGCAGAGGAUUGCGGAUAGCUGGUGCAAGCAUGAUGCUGUCAAGAGGUGACAAGGCACGAGUUAAAGCCAAAACUAAAGAGAAGAAGGGAAAGAAAAAGAAAAUCAGUGAGAGUGCCACUUUAGCUGAAGCAGCAAAAAAGAAAGCUCUUGCCGAUGCAGCUAAUAAGCUUAAGAAGACAUUUUUGGCAGCCAAGAAAAAGAAUAAUGGUGCAGAAUGCUCAGUGGCUGGAGAGAAUGAGGACAGUGAGGAUGCGACUAAGUCUCCUGAGGAGAAUAGUGCGCAGGACUUAUCCAUGCCCCGCAGAAACCCCAGUUGCCUGGAGUUUGACAUAGACAUUCGUUUUAGCGCAAAGGAGUGGGCAUCUGUUGGGCGAGGGCAGGGUGGGACCAGUAACAUUCUGGGCAUACCCCCAACCCCAGUGACAUCUCGUAAGCGCACAGGCACCUUCCCCAAGGGUGGCACAUUAUUGGGGGAAGGCAGCUUGGGGUGCAAGCCAGUUGACGGUGAUGAGCAGGAAGACUCUGGCACCUAUUCUGAUACAGAUGUGGGAAGAGCAGGUGGCCAUUGGCCAUCAGUAGACCCCUCACAACCCUCCUCCUCUGUAACACGGAGAAGACACAUGUCCGAGAGUUCAGGGGUGAUUGACUUGCGCAAAAAUCCUUCAAGUGGGUGCUUGACUACCAGGCCUGGGCCUGGCAGGGUUAGGUCAUGUUCCAUGAGUGUGGUGGAAAGUGCUGGAUCAAGUAGGGAUGGUCAAGGGACAACUGGUGCUCGCAAGAAUUGGAUGAAGAUCCAUCUCAUGCCAAAACUUAGAAAGAUUAUGCUGAAGCAGCUCCUCACCAUGGACAAAAAAUCCUUGCAGGAGCUAGUUGAUGAUCCAAGGUCACGCAAGGCGCAGUUCAUGAUGAGCCACCUCAUGUCGGAGCACAGAGCUGCCCUUUCCCAGCGCUUAAGUCAGCAACGUUUCCGGCCCCUUGACACGCUCCCAGAUGAUGAGCUGAGGUUGCUGAAUAGUCUGGACAACACACAAAUGAGUUCCCUCCCACCUGAAGUAGUUCAGCAGGUCCGUGAAAUUUUAGCCAUGGAACAGAAUGGUGACAGCAACAUCUGGGAGGAAGUGUCACUGUCCAUCAAUGAUCUUCUGAACACAGACUCAGAUCCAGACCUCGACUGCCAGAUCAUCUCUCCACCGCCAAGAGAUCCAACCUCAACAAUCACAAUCCAUGACACUGACUCAGAAAUGGAAGAGAACAUCCAGGGUGAGGGAGUUCAUGAGGAUGAAGAGGAAGAGGAGGAACAGGAUGAUGAUGAUGAUGAUGAAGAUGACGAAGAAGAGGAGGAUGAGGAUGAGGAGGACGAUGAUGACGAUGAGGAAGAGGAAGAAGAGGAUGAGGAGGAGGCUCAGGUGGCUUCUCCAGUAACUCCUGAUGCUCAGAAGGAUAGGAGAUUAAUCCAGAAACAAGAGGUGCCCACCCCUCCAGUGGAGCCCAAGAGUGCUGAGAACCCCCUGCAAUUGAUGCCGCAGAUCCCUGUGGAAGUGCCCCUCUGUGUGAUGGAUUCCCUGAGUGGGACCUCAGGGAGUGCGAGGGGUAUACCCAGCCAAGUGGCAGAUCCCAGCAGAGCCUUACCAAGCCAGGUCCCUGAUGGGUCCCUGAGUGGCACCCGAGCACUGGGGAGCCAGGUGUCAGAGGCUCCCUUGGGGCUCAUGGGCCCAGGACAACCUCCUGUGAAUACUCAGCGCCCUGCAACCGGGGAAAUCCCUGUUGCUGGACCAGCACCUCUGCUUCUUGCACCUCCCCCUGGAGUGAAGGUGAAAGAGGAACGUCCAUCUCCAAUAGGCGAAUGUGGCCUCUGUAUGCACAACCCACGUACCCCUCACACUUCAGAGUGUGUCUACCCCUAUGGCCUAGCACCCCCAUCUCCUGUGGCACUCAUGCCUGGCCCACCAAGACCAUUGGGUGCUACCCCACCUCAGAGGCCCGUACCUCACAUGCCCACUGCCCAGCAACCACCACAGCCCGUCCCUCUCUCAUCACCACUCUAUCAGAGGUCCAUCAAACAGGAGAAACUUGAUGAGUCAUACCUGAAGUAUGAACACGUGAAACGGCCCUCUUCAGAAGAACGGCCAAAGAACCCAGCUCCCCCUGACACAGCAAGGGGGCAGCCCUCCCCUUUGCCCAUACCUCCGCCAGCUCAAGCCCUACACCCACCGCCACACCCUCGACCGCUCAUCUUCUCUCCAGGUGAUGAUUUUCCUGACCCUCCUCGCCCCCCUCCUCCUCCUCCUCCACAGUUUAGUCCGCGCAUCAAGUUGGAGCGCCACACCCCUGUGCAAUUUAUGUGCUGUUGCAUGCGCAAUGAGUGCGAGCGUAGCAGUACCCAUAGCGCAGAAAUGCGCCCUGCCUCACAUCGUGGAACAGUCACACCUCAGCCAAGUGAGAGGCGACCAACACCCCACUUGUACAAAAUGGAGCCACCGUCCCCUUGUGCCUCACAGGUUAGGACUCCACACCAAAGCUUAUCUGCGCUUUUUGCUCCUCCGGCUUCCCCACGCUGUCUCAGUAAUGGUGGUGCAGCGGGAGCGCGAGUCACCAUUGGGGUUCAGACAGAAAAAGAAAGACAAGUUCCACUGUAUGACCAGGGUUGUAGUACCAGUAGCAGUAAUAAUAAUAAUAAUAAUAGAAGACAGUAUGUUCCAAAUUUAAGCUUAGCGAGAAGUGUGACACCUUUGGUGAUCCAUAAAGUUGACAAAAGUACAACUACGGAGGACUUGAUAGGGAAUUGGGAUCAGCAGCAGUUGCAGCAGGCUCAGCAGCAGCAGCGUGGAAAGACUAGAGCAAAGGGUUGGUGGUGGCACAGAAAUGGCCGUCCUAGAAACCACCUCAGUCAACUAACAGCAAUAUCAAAUUCACUCAGUGAAUUUGAGUUCAGCCACAAUGCAGGAGUAGCACUGCAACAGAUGAUGGUGUUCAGUGAGCAAGAAACAGAAUUCUUACGGCACUUGGAAAAUGUUGACCAAGAAAUCCAUGAGCUUAUGAGAGAAAAGAAACGCAUGACAGAAGAACUUGGACGAUUGCAACAUCUUAGAAUAGCAAAAUUACAACAGUUGGUGCGACAAAGUGGUGUAAGUAACAUUAGCAUAGGAGGGGAAGUUUCAGGAAAUGAUUCACUGGAGUUAAGAGGUCCAACAACUUCUGACUCUAGAGGAAUGCGGUCCUGUCCUAAUGACUCAAGCUCGGACGGUGGUGAUCCUCCAGAUGUGGGAGGAAGUACUACAUAUAGUGUGGAAAAUGUAUCAGUAAGAUAUGGAGUUUCUAAAGAAGAUGUAUGUGUGCAGUCCACGACAGACAAUGCCUCAGUUGUUUCUUCUUCUCAAGAAAAGGGUCCAAGGCUACGAUCAUUUAGCUUUUCACAUACAUCCUCCAAUGACUCAAGCAAUGAUUCACAAAGUGUAAGAAGACAACGAUGCACAUCUACUUGUCAGUCUCCAGGGAAGGGUGGGAAAGGAACUGAAACUUACAAAGUCACCUACCUUGGUUCUGUCAAUCCUACCGAGGGAUUUUAUGAGGACAUUGCAAACAUUCACAAAUUGCAGCAAUCCAUGUCAAACACGGACUCAGAAACUGACAAUGAUUCUAAAGCGACAGGAAUAGCAAAUCACAGCUUGGAAGUCUGUACAGCCUUUGAAGGUGACAGCAGACAAGCCAAGAGUCGUAACAGAAGCAGCUCACUGUCGAGUUCAGCUGAAGGCGAUGUGGAGAGUGAGGUCCCAGCAGAUAGGGAAGAAGAAGAAAUGGAUAGUGUGUCCAGGUUCAGAAAGCAGUUAAUAGAUGACAAAGAAGAGGCUAUAGUUGAUUCCUCAGAGCAACAGGACAAUAAGAUGGAAAAUGAGUCCUCAAUAGGGAUUGCAGAGGAGGCCAUGGAGGAUCAAAGUGACUCCAGAAAGACUCCUCCCUAUCAGGAGAAUGUUUGUUUACCAGAAAGCAAUCCAAAGGCUGAGGAAGACUCUAAAGCCAAUGUGUGUAGAAUAAGCAGUGGAGCAAAUAGAUUCGAGGGAAAGAGAAUAAAUGGUGAAGCUGAGUAUGCUCAAGUGUCCAAACCGGGUGAGCUGUGCCAGAUAUCAGAGAAAGAGCUCCCAAGCACCUCGAGAAAAAGCUCAAGUUCCUCCACCUCAUCUUCUACCUCACCUUCCUCUUCUCCAGACAGCCUAAAGUGUAGGAGCACAUCAGGAGAGCACUGCUAUAGUCUGAGAUCUCGUGGCCCACCCAGUGAAGUCAUAGAGGACAUUUCUGUAGCCAAUUCGAGUUUGUGUGGUGAAGGGGUGGAUGAGAGCUUGGGCAACAAGUCUCCAGGGAAGGGUGGGAAAGGAACUGAAACUUACAAAGUCACCUACCUUGGUUCUGUUAAUCCUACCGAGGGAUUUUAUGAGGAUAUUGCAAACAUUCACAAAUUGCAGCAAUCCAUGUCAAACACGGACUCAGAAACUGACAAUGAUUCUAAAGCGACAGGAAUAGCAAAUCACAGCUUGGAAGUCUGUACAGCCUUUGAAGGUGACAGCAGACAAGCCAAGAGUCGUAACAGAAGCAGCUCACUGUCGAGUUCAGCUGAAGGCGAUGUGGAGAGUGAGGUCCCAGCAGAUAGGGAAGAAGAAGAAAUGGAUAGUGUGUCCAGGUUCAGAAAGCAGUUGAUAGAUGACAAAGAAGAGGCUAUAGUUGAUUCCUCAGAGCAACAGGACAAUAAGAUGGAAAAUGAGUCCUCAAUAGGGGUUGCAGAGGAGGCCAUGGAGGAUCAAAGUGACUCCAGAAAGACUCCUCCCUAUCAGGAGAAUGUUUGUUUACCAGAAUUCCUCCACCUCAUCUUCUACCUCACCUUCCUCUUCUCCAGACAGCCUAAAGUUGAAGUCAUAGAGGACAUUUCUGUAGCCAAUUCGAGUUUGUGUGGUGAAGGGGUGGAUGAGAGCUUGGGCAAAACACCCCCAAGGAAGAGGAAUGAAAAAGUUUUGGAAGAGGAGCAGGCAGAUGACGAGAGAGAAGGGGAUGAAGAUGACGACGACAACAGGUCAGCGGGUGCAGAUGGGGCAGACAGCAGUUCAGAAGACAAAAAGAAGAGAAAACGUAAGAGGAAAACCAAGAAACACAGGGUGAACAAGAGGAAACGAAAGAGAAUACCUGAGAAGAGCGGCAGCAAAUCCCCAGUAACCAUGUCCAAAAGGAGCUUGCCAACUAGUCCAACUUCAAGUACCUCUCAAGCAAGCAACAUAGACGUUAGUGGGACUUCGCUCAAGGGCUGUGAUGAAGGUAGUAAUGACAGUAAGAGGGGUGUAGAAGACCCAGGGAAUAAUGGCAGCUACGAGAUGAUGGAUAGCUCAGGAGAUGAACGGGCAUAUGUCAAUCCACCACCUCAUGGCAGUGCGGUGCUAGAUAUCAAGGUAAUUGGUGACUUUGUGAUAACAGCAUCAAGUGAUGGAACAGCAAGAUGUUAUGAUAUGGCAUCAGGUCGUGUCAUGGCCACAUAUGUAGACCACACAGACCUUGUGACCUGUGUGGGUGUUGUUGGCAAGAUUUCCUUCAAUGCAGAUGAUGCUGACUUUGCAGUUAUAACUGGCUCUGCUGACAAGACUAUUUGUAUGUUUAGUGGCAAGACUGGAGUUGCAGAGCAGCGUUGUGAAGUGGGAGAAGGUGUCAGAUGUCUUGACCUUUGUUGGGGACAGCUCUUCCUUGGCACUGAAGGAGGAUGUGGUGCAAGAUGGAACUUCAAGGACAAGAAGAUUACAGAAAUGGUACAAUUUUGUGGGAAGGCUGUUACGAGUUUAAAAGCAAUGCGUGAAGGUGGUCGCAGAAUAUUACUAGUUGCUGCUAAAACGACUCCCCUUAUGGUCAGAGAUGCAAUGUCGGGUUUGUUCUUGCGGACACUUGAGCACAUCCAACUGACCGUGUAUGCAACGCUGUCUCAUGAAGGGCUGCUGUAUGCUGGAGGAUCCAACAAAGCUAUUGUCUACUAUGACUUUGCUGGAAAAAAAGAAGUCCAUGACUUGGCUGAAGUUUAA